AUGGAGGGCAAGAAGGUCGCAUUCCCUGCCGGCGAAAAGCCUGCAGACUCCAACCUGCCGCAGUACGAUGGCGACCUCGUGGCGGAGAUGAGUGAGAGGGAGAGGACCGUCUACGAGCACGGUGUUGAGAAAUUCAGCCGCCUGGGCUGGAAGCGACUCACAAUCGUUCUCAUUGUCGAGGCCAUUGCCCUUGGAAGUCUGUCUCUUCCCUCUACUUUUGCCACCCUGGGUAUGGUCGCGGGCGUCAUCUGCACCGUCGGCCUCGGGUUGCUCGCUAUCUAUACAUCAUACGUCGUCGGUCAGGUCAAGCUGAAAUUCCCUCUCGUCCACCACUACCCCGACGCUGGGAGAUUGCUUUUUGGUCGCUUUGGGCCCGUGAUGGGCCGCAUUGGCUUUGAGGUGAUCAACUUCAUGCUUAUCCUGCAGCUGCUCUUCCUGACCGGCUCACACACCUUGACCGGCGCCAUUGCAUGGAUCGACAUCACCCAGAGCGGCAUCUGCUCUGUUAUUUUCGCAGUGGUUUCCGCCAUUAUCCUUUUCUUGCUGGCCGUGCCUCCCAGUUUCACUGAGAUGGCGAUUCUCGGCUACAUUGACUUUGCGUCUAUCAUCAUCGCCAUUGGCAUCACCAUCAUCGCUACCGGUGUUGAGAGCACCAAUGCCCCCGGUGGCCUCGCUAGCGUGCCUUGGUCUGCCUGGCCCAAGGAGGGCACCACCUUUGCCGAUGCAUUCAUCGCCUUGACCAACAUCAUCUUCGCAUACAGUUUCGCCAUGUGUCAAUUUUCUUUCAUGGAUGAAAUGCACACCCCCAAGGACUACGUCAAGUCUAUUUGGACCCUCGGUCUGACCGAAAUCGUCAUCUACACCGUGACCGGAGCUAUUGUCUACGCCUUUGUUGGUCAAGAAGUUGACAGCCCUGCCCUACUGUCGGCCGGCAAUCUGAUGAGCCGCAUUGCGUUUGGUGUUGCUCUUCCCGUCAUCUUUAUCAGUGGAUCUAUCAACACUGUCGUCGCGGGACGCGUUGUCCACGGCCGCAUCUUCAAGGACUCCCCCAUCCGCUUCAUCAACACGCCGAUGGGCUGGAUUACAUGGCUGGCCAUCAUUGCGGCUGGCACUGUCAUCGCCUUCGUCAUCGCCGAAGUCAUUCCAUUCUUCAAUGACUUGCUGUCUAUUUCCUCGUCACUCUUCAUCUCCGGGUUCACCUUUUACUUCCCUGCUCUGAUGUGGUUCAUGCUCAUUCGUGAGGGCGAGUGGAACUCGCCCAAGAACCUGGCUCUCGGCGCGCUGAACGCCCUCUGCUUUGUCAUCGGUGUUGUGACUCUCGUGGCUGGUACCUAUUCGAGUGUCACCGAUAUUAUCGACAAGUAUAAUACGGGCGAAGUCCGCGGUGUCUUCAGCUGUUCUAAGCCCAACUAA